CCCGCCCGGCCGCACCCCGGGCUGCGCGGCGUCACAGAGCGCAUGCGUGCCGCGGGGGAUGCCGGGAGCGCGCAUUGGCGGCAGCGGCGGCGACGGCAGUAACAGCGGCCGCUCGAGCGGGGACACCAGCGGGGCGGUGACCGUGUGGGAGGUGGUCUCACUCUUGGGGAAACUGCUAGGGACCGUCGCCGCACUGAAGGUGGUUCUGUACCUGCUCCGGGUGUGCCUCGCGAUGGCCUGGAAAUCCGGCGGCGCCAGCCACUCGGAGCUAAUCCACAACCUCCGCAAGAAUGGAAUCAUCAAGACAGAUAAAGUAUUUGAAGUGAUGCUGGCUACAGACCGCUCCCAUUAUGCAAAAUCUAACCCUUACAUGGAUUCUCCACAAUCAAUAGGUUUCCAGGCAACAAUCAGUGCCCCUCACAUGCAUGCAUAUGCACUAGAACUUCUGUUUGACCAGUUGCAUGAAGGUGCUAAAGCCCUUGAUGUAGGAUCUGGAAGUGGAAUCCUCACCGCCUGUUUUGCACGGAUGGUUGGACAUAGUGGAAAAGUCAUUGGAAUUGAUCACAUUAAAGAACUAGUAGAUGACUCAAUAACUAAUGUCAAAAAAGAUGACCCAAUGCUACUGUCCUCUGGGCGAGUGCGACUGGUUGUGGGUGAUGGAAGAAUGGGAUACGCUGAAGAAGCUCCUUACGAUGCGAUUCAUGUGGGAGCUGCAGCCCCAGUUGUGCCCCAGGCAUUAAUAGACCAGUUAAAGCCUGGUGGAAGAUUGAUAUUGCCAGUCGGUCCUGCCGGUGGAAAUCAAAUGUUGGAGCAGUAUGACAAGCUACAAGAUGGCAGUGUCAAAAUGAAGCCUCUAAUGGGGGUGAUAUACGUGCCUUUAACAGAUAAAGAAAAGCAGUGGUCCAGGUGGAAGUGACUUUCUCUUCUGCUCUUUCUUCCUCCACACAUUCAAGGGAUGAACUGUGAAAGCAACGUGAGCUUGACCAGACUAUAACACGGCAGUGGGCUGCUCAUCUCAGUCCUUAAAGCAUUUGAGAACCAACAGCAUCACCAGUCCAUAGCACCGCAGUGGACCGCUCAUCUCGGUCCUUAAAGCAUUUGAAAACCAACAGCAUCACAGCUUGUUUUGGACUUUGUUAUACUCUUACUUUCAGCAUGAAAAUGUGUGGUUUUGUAGGGUUUCCUAAUUCCAAGCGGCGCAGAGCCACACUGGUAGAGGAUGGCUGCAGAGCAUUAACUUUGUGUGUUGUUUUAACAUGCCCACAUUUCACUCUAAAAAAUAUUAAAAGAAAGGGUUCUCCAACUGGAAAAGCUUCGUUUGUGAAUUAGUUGUGAAGCGUGGCUUGGCUUUUCUUGGACACUUAAUUCUGUUCCAAUAUUAAUUUAUCAGAUUUCUUUUGUGCAUCAGAUAACACCACAUCCACAAAGUUUAACUUCGUUGGUAGCUGAUGUCUGUUAGAUGCUACUAAGAAAACAGAGAUGAGCUUUCUUCUUAAAAGCCUUUGAUGUGGCGUCGUAGGCUAGCAUGUCGUAGAUACAGUCAGCUGCUGUUACCUUAAAACUAGGUGUUUGUAAAUACUGAAACUUAAAGACGACAGCAGGUGGUGUCCCAAAACACUCAGCUGUUCUGAUUGGACAGCUCUGAUGUAAUUUUCCUCUCUCUAAAAAUGCUAGGAGGCUUGUAGCUCAAUAUCGUUUAUCUGUUUCUAGUUUGCUGCUGGUAAUGUAUCUGCAUCUAACACUCUGUGUAAGCUGUUGUCUUUGCACAGUUUAUGCAGCGCUGCUUUGCCAAAUAAAAUUAAAAGCAAAAGAAGCAUUGGUGGCCUUUGAAUCUAGAAGAGCACAGGUCUGCUAGGUCCAGAUGCUGCCCACAGUCAUGGGAAACGUUGUAUUCCGCUGCUGUGUCUUGUGAUAUUCUAGGAAGUAAAUAUGCAUAGCAUUCGUCCACUCUAUGUGGCUGCAUUUCUUCAGGACAGAGACUUUGUGUUCAUUGUUUCUCUCUGCCUUCCUAGCCCAGGGCUUGGUAUUUAAUAGCUCUGUAGUAAAUGCUCAAUGAGUGAGUAAUUUAAUAACUGUAAAAUGUUUGUGAAGGCAGUGGCACUUUGAAGAUCUUAUUUAAAUAUGGUUUUAUAUUUUCUAAUAAGACUUUAGUUUUUGUGUAGAUUCUAGAACUUGAGAGAAGAUUACAAGCUCCCAGUAAAUGGGGCUAAGCAAAGCAAAGCCUUCACUCUAUGUGUAAGGGCACGUGAUUCUGACAAGAAGAUUCUUAGUGUCUGAGAAGCCCUUCCCCACUCUUUGCAUCUUACAUUACCGAUUUAAAAGUCACGCAGACAUCAGCUGACAAGUGUGUCUUCUUGGCUUAGGUCUCAGUCCCAGGAAACUAGCAUUCCUGUGCCCCUGCAGAGCUGAAAGCCUUAGCCAGCUCUGCUCUGCUGCUGGUCGUUGCUCUGGAAGCCUGUCUGUGACCCCUGGAGUCCGGGAUGCAUGGUCAUGUGAAAUAUGUGUAACGUCAAAUGUUCAUUCAGGCUUUAACGCAAAUAAAUCCUUCAACUUCCCCACCA